AUGUGCUCGAAUAUUCGCCGAUAUAUUCCAGUGCUGAACCGUGAAAUAAUUAUGCCCGCGUUCCGUUCCUUCCACGAUGAGUUUUCGUCAAAAGUCCCACUGGAGGAAGUUCGAAGACGGACGAAAGAAAAGCAACAAAAUGUCCCCAGUGCCAGGUCCAUUGCCGCCAAGUACCAGGUAUUUCGCGACACUGAUGCGCCCGUAAUUCUGGAUGUGGACGAAGAAAGGCUACUUCACGAAGCGGGAUUGCAACAACCGGAAAAAGUUCACGAUUUACCAGACAUGUACAGUGGUAUCAACUUAACGCGAGGAAAAAGUGGAGUGUACGAGAUAGAAGAUUUGGUGACUGUUCUGCGCCUAAACAAUGCAAUAAAUAUAUUCGUAUGCACAGUGCCAAAGGGCAUUAAAUAUGUGGACUACAUGUGCAUAGUGUCCGGACGCAGCGUUAGGCACAUGCGAGGAAUGGCAGAGUUUGUACGAAAGGUGUUCAAGAUGAAACGAAAGUCAACCGAUAUUAUACCUAAAAUUGAGGGAGAAUCAAGUAACGAUUGGAUGGCAAUGGAUUUAGGCAACAUAGCAUUACACAUCUUCUCCACAAAGGCUAGAGAACAGUACGAUCUGGAAUCGCUUUGGAGCGUGGGAUCAGAGUUCGAUCGAGAAUACAAUAAACCAAGCGAAGAGUUGGUUCAGUUGUUCGAAAAGCAUACGAUCUAUUUGGACGACUUGAAACCGCGCAAAAAAGAUGGCGAAAGCGUGGAGGCGUAG